AAGCCAAUGAUGAGCAAUAGUGGUGACGUAUAGUGGCGUGAUUUUCAUAUAAAUUUUUCAUUGGAUGUUGUGGUGUUUUGAACUGUCAAUUAGUUAAACAAAAAGGUCAUGUAUCCAAAGAGGAAAUUACCCUCUUAAAUUUUGCGUAUUUAGUAAAUAUUGCAAAAACUUGCAUUUUCUUUCAUAAGAAUAUAAGCAGACACUAAUUUUAACAUUUUCUCCAAAUGACAUAAAUGUUUAAUUAGAAUUUUAUUCGCAUAAAAAAAAACACUCAAAAUGACUGAGUCAGAUAGUUUUACAUCAAGAUCGGAAAAUGAUUUUUCUAAUCUAUCCAAUAAUGACAGUCUUGAUUUUAAUGAAUUAAAUGGAUUUUACGAUCUCUUUACAAAUUGUGAAAAUGAAUUAUUGAAAAAUGAAAAUCUCUUCAGUGAUGAAGUUUUACUCACUGAAAUGGAUAAACCGGAACCAAUGAUUAGUGAUGAUUUGAAUUUUUUAAAUAUUGAAAACUCAACUAUUUUCAAUGACAAAAAGGAAAUUAAGUCAUCGAAUUCAUCAAAUUUGAUGGCUGAUAAUAAAAAAUUACAAUUUGCAGAGACUAUUCCAUUACAGAUAAAACAGCAAAAUGUGCACGCAGCACAAACUUUAUAUAGUCCUCAUUAUACUGUUCCUCACAGUAUUAAUUUAAAUGUUUCAACUCCUGUGGUUACUCUCACAUCAGUUCCAACACAGCACAGUCAUUUAAUUUUACCUUCUAAUUUAAUUAAAUCAGAAUCUGUUAUUUAUUCCGGUGGAACUCAAACUGUUGCAUCUGCUUCAAUGCCGCAAUUGCAUACACUUGUGAAUACUUCAAAUGGAACUGUACUUACAACAGGAAUUCCUGUCAUGUUAGAUACAGAUAAAGUUCAAAUAAAUCGUCUUAAUACAACGUCAACCACUGGAAUGCCUCGUGUUAAAGAAGUAAAACGCAGUGCACACAAUGCUAUUGAGCGAAGGUACAGAACUUCAAUUAAUGACAAAAUAGUCGAAUUGAAAAAUAUUGUUGUAGGAGUCGAUGCAAAACUUAACAAGUCUGCAAUUUUGAGAAAGACCGUUGACUAUAUCAGGUUUCUACAGAAUUCGAACAUAAAAUUAAAAAAUGAAAAUUUGGCUUUAAGAAUGUCAGUUCAACGACAAAAUGUAAGUGAUAUAAUUUCAUGUGGAGAAUUAACACCUCCACGUUCUGAAACAAGUGAACCACCAUUGUCACCAACUUCUGGACCACCAUCACCUAUUUCAACUAAAGAUGAAAUAAGUUCAUCACGUAGCUCCAAUAUUCCAACAGUUUCUACAAGUCAAGGAAUUCCAGAUCACACACGCGUUACUCUUUGUGUUAUUUUAUUUGUUUUUCUAAUAUUCAAUCCUUUUGGAAUCAUCGUAAACAAAAUGGCAAAAAUGGAUUACAAUUAUUACAGUUCAAGGUUGGACGGUCGGACAAUACUCAACUAUGAAGAAAAUUCGAAUACUGAAAAUAAAAUGUGGAUGCACAUAUUACUUUGGUUUGUCAAUAUUGCAUUCUUCGUUGGAGCAUUAAUUCGACUGUUAUUGUUUGGUGAUCCAAUAAUACCUGCUGAUAAUAAAAUAAUAUUUGAAUUGCGAAGAUGGAGAAGACAAGCUGAAUUUAAUAUUUCAAAUCUUGACUAUGAGCAUGCUCAUCGUGAUUUAUACAGAUGUUUACAAUAUUUUGGACGUUCAUUACCAUCGACACGUAUAGAAAUUUUUCUUGCAACCUUGUGGCAAUGUAUUAGACAAAUUUUGAAUAAAUUUUGGCCCUGCAAAUGGAUAUUAUUGGCUGGUAAAUGGUUAUCUGAAAAAUCAGAACGCAAAUCAAUUGAAACAUCUGCAAUGGAAUUAGCUGCUGUUUAUCAACAUAUACUUCGUUUAUCAUUUUCUGAAGGAUUAACUAAAAAUUCAUUGUUUCUUGCACUUUCAAUGAUUAAUUAUGCUGAGAAUGCUGGUAAUAUUAUUUCAAAAACAAUGUUAGCCGAAAUUUAUAUUGAUGCUGCUUUAUGUUUUAAGCAAUCUAUUUUUCCGCUUGUUCAUAAAUAUUAUUUGGGAAAAGCUCGAAGUUUAUUAUUGUCUUAUCCGGCGCAUUCAAAGAUGAAAUGGAUUACAACUGAAGAUGGUUUUAGAUUUUUAGUAACUCACAAUUGGAAAUAUGGUCAACUAAUGGAAAGUGAAUUUACCUCACAAAGUAAUGCUUUUGAACCAUUGUCAUAUGCUGCUCGUGCCUAUAGAGAAUAUCUUAUUGAACAAGGAUUGAGACUUCUAACUGGAACAGCCUACAGUAAUUCACAUGCUUCGACUGCUGUGGAAAUAGGAAAGCGCAUCAUUGAUACUGUGAGCAUUGAUACGAGUUUUGUACACGCCACAGAAGUUAAAUCUACAGAUUAUGAAGAUGAAAUUGGACUUUGGUGGGGUGCAAUUAUUUGUUCUGCUGCUAAUUGGAGAUUAGGAGAAAAUAGUUUGGUAUCUCAGUGUAUUGUUGAGGAAAAAUUUCCUUUUGGAAAGCAUUCUCAAUUAAGUAUUCACAAUACUAAUAGUAAACCUUUGCAUCAUGCUGCACUCUGUAUAAUUCGAGCAAUGAAAGCUACUUCAAAUGAAACUUUAACUAAUCUCGUUGAUCAAGCCGGAUUAUUGAUGGAACAAUCAAUGGUUUAUUAUGACUGUAAACAAAAGUCAUCUCAGAAUUUUUUGUUGACACAGCUAUGGAUUUGUGAUUGGCUACUUGAAAAAAGAACGACUAUGUGGCAAGAAAAUACUGUUAAUCGAAAUUUGCCAUUAAGUCCAAUGCUUUCUGCAUUUCAGAGAGAUUUAUUGUGUCUUAAACAUCUUUACCAACGUAUUCCGGCAUUAUUUUCCAAAGUCGUUGUAUAUGAAGCCACAGCUCGUCUUAUGGCUGGUGCUGCUCCAGUUAAAACACAAAUUUUAUUAGAUCGCAGUGUACGUCAACGUAAUUUACGUUCAACAAUAAUUUGUGGCAAAGAUCGAUCACCGGAACAAACUAGAGGAGAACGUGAACAUGCAACAGCUUUAUGUUUAGCAUGUCGACAUUUACCACCGUUAUUGCUUGCUUCGCCAGGUGAACGUGCAGGAAUGUUGGUAGAAGCAGCUAAAACUUUUGAAAGAAUUGGUGAUCGUAUAAAACUUGAAAAUUGUUAUAAAUUGAUUCAACAGUUGCGUCCAGUCAUUUCAGUUAAUUAAAGAUCUAUUAUAUAAUUUACAUAAUUGCACACAAAAUGCAUAAAAUUGUAAACCUCAAAAAAAAAAAAAAAAAACUUUUUUUUAUAAAUCUAUAAAUAGAUAUAUUUUUAUCUUAAAAUUAGAUUAAGAUAAAUAUUACAGUUAGUUUCAAUGAAUCAAAUUCAAUUUUUUUUUUAUGUAAUUAAAUGUUUUUAGAGCCGCGUUAACUUAAAACAAUACUUGAAAAUUAUCUAAUUAACAGUGUUGUUUUUUUAAAUUAGUUUUUAAAAUAAUGAUUUUUCUUUAAAUGAACGUAUUUUAAAAGUUUUAAUGUUAAUAAAAUGACGUUUAUUAAUAUUAAUUAAAACUUUUUGUUGCGAAAUUGCGAUAAAAAAUUUGUAGAAACCACAUGAAUGAAGUUGCUUUAUAAUGUAAAUAAAGUAAAAAACUGUACUUUUUUAA